AUGACAAACCGUUUUGAAGCUUCACCGAACAAAAAAAUCACGCAACUAGCACUUCAUCUCGCUAUUGACUUCUUAUAUAUAGCGUGCCUUGCUCAAGCUUCAUUGUUCACCAAAGCACAAACGGAAUUGAGGGAGUGGACAUUAGAGGCGGAGAAAAAGUUUUUCCAAGAAGAUCUUGCACGUCUCAAGGCCGAAGCAGCCAAGUUGCAGCAACAAAUAGAUAAAGCUAAGAAGCGUCAACAUGAGUUUGAGGUUCUCCGGCAGCAUGAAGAGAGGGAGAAGAUAAAGCAUCUCCAGAAGGCGGAGUCUAUUAGGAGGGAGAGGGAAGAAAUGAAGCAGAAGACAAAAAUGGAGGAGGAAAAGCUGAUAACAAAGGCAGAAGAGGAGAGGGUUAAGUAUGAGGAACGCAUGAAGGAGAUAAAAGCUCAAAUCUCUGCAAUUAAACUGGGGGAAAGUAGUUCUGGGAAAGCUGAAGCCAAGAAACGCGAAAGGGAAUGUGUUAUGUGCUUGAAUCUGGAUAAAACAGUAGUUUUGUUGCCAUGUGCUCAUCUGGUUCUUUGCGAAGAAUGCAAUGAACUUCACCAAAGGAUGGGAAUGAAGGAGUGCCCUACUUGUCGAACCCCAAUCAUGCAGCGGAUCCGUGUCCGUUUUCCACAUCCCAAAGCCAUGACAACAAGAAGCUAGGUUGAUGCUUGGAAUGCAAGAAAUGCAUGCAAGAGUUCUAGUGGUUAAUUAAAACCUUUUUUCAAGUGUCAGUUUUAAUUCAUUAGAAUUAUAUUCUGUCUCUUUUCAAGUAUUUUCCGUAUUAUAUUGUUAUUUAUUCUAUGUGAUAAAAUGUUGUUUUCAUUC